AUGGUCGGUAUUAAUAAAGGUGUCAGAACAAGAAUACUCGAUAUAAAUCCGAGAGCAUUCUUUACGCCGUGCGGAUGCCACAGCUGGAACUUACUUUUAAUUGAUGCCGCUAAAUCUUCUGGAACAGCAAAAAAGUUUUUUGGUUUUAUUAAUAAAAUAUUUGUGCUGUUUGCAAAAUCAAGUAAGCGUUGGGACAUCGUUAGAAUGAAAUUAAAAUUGAUAUUAAAACCUCUUUCUGAAACGCGAUGGGAAAGCAGAAUCGGAGCUGUAAAAGCAAUAUUUCUGCAAUUUGAUGAUGUCAUAGAAUGUUUGAAUGAGCUGCAAACUAUAAGUGAUGAUUCGGAAACUCUAAGCGACUGUGACGCAGUCUUGAACAAAAUAAUGAGAUUUGAAUUUAUUGUUGCGAUACACGUAUGGUACGAGAUCUUACUACGUAUCACCAAUAUAAGCAAACUAUGGCAAUCAGUUCAAGUCAAUGAUACUUUACGGUCAUUUUGCAGCUGGAUUCACGAAUUUCGCAACACAGGUUUUGAGAAUACUGUAACUCAAGCUCGAUUAUUUGUAGAAAAAAAAGAUCUUCUCAAACAUUGUAAAAACUUGGGCACAAUUCUCCGACAAAACGAACAUAGUGACAUACAACCAUUUGAAUUAUACGAAGAACUGCAACUAUUGAAAAUGAAUAUACCAGAGUCUGUAAAAAACGCGAAAGAAUUACUUCAAUACAUGAUAAAAAAUAAUUUAGAAGAAAUAUAUCCAAAUGUUUAUAUAGCAGUCAGAAUUAUGAACACAGUUCCAAUUAGCACAGCUUCCACAGAGAGAAGUUUCUCUAAGUUAAAAUUGAUUAAAACGUAUUUGAGAAGCACUAUGAGCCAAGAAAGACUAUCUGCAUUAUCCGUUUUAUCAAUUGAAGCUGAAAUAGCAGCUCCUCAAAGCAAUAGGAAGAGGGAGGUGUUUGUGGGAGCAGAACAAGUUCAGGAGCGUGUUGGUGCUGCCAAAGAAAUAAUCCCUUCUAUGGCGGAUACAUAUUCCACUCUUCAAGCCACUGUUGAUCAUAUUUUGAAAAGAGUGAUCAUCUUAGAGGGGAAAAUCAGCGACCAAGACAAGGCUUCGACUCAGUUUGGGCGUGAUCCCAAAUAUCACAUUGCCAAUACAUUGAGCAGAAUAAUGUCUGCGGACAAUUUAGCCAUGAAAUAUUCAUGCCAGCCAUAG